CACAGGCUGCCGCGCGCCCGGCGCCUCUUCUGGUUCCCCGGCUUCCAUGGCCGAUUGGUCUGGAGCCGCGCCGGUCCCGCCCACUUCGGAGCUCCCGGAAGUCGACAGCCGCCGAGCACGGCUGUGGCGGGCCUGAGCAGGGCCUGAGCAGUCAGCGGCGAUUUGCUGACCCUGAAGUGGGACCCCCACUGCCCUGAGCACCUCCCACCCUGCCCCGCAUCCUGCACCCCCGGCCCACUCAACGGCGAGUCCCGGGGCGCCGCGCGCGGCUGGCAAGUGCGGACGCGGCGCCCGCGGCGCCCCACUGACCCCUGAGUGGUGCGGGCCCCAGGGGGGUCCCGGGCGCUGCCCCAGGCGCCCGGGCUCAUCUCUGCCCCCCUCCGCGCCCCCGGGAUGGAGCGGGCCGGCGCCGUCCGCCUGGCCGUCCAGGAGGCCCUGCGUGCCCUCUCCUCUUCUGAGGACGGCGACCACAUCGCCAGCACGCUGGGGGCCCUGAAGCGGUACCUGGGUGGGACGGAGUGCCCGGCGCCCCCCGAGGAGCAGCAGGAGUUUGCUCGCGCCCAUUUUGCAGCCCUCCUCCGAGGCCUCCUGGGCGCGAUGAGGCUGGACCGGCCGCAGCUAAAGCCUGGAAACCAGCUGGAGGAGCUGUGUACCAGCUUCUUUCUGGAGGGCCCGGCUGGCCAAGCCUUCCUGGUGCUGAUGGAGGGCAUCGAGAGCGCCGAGGGCCCCAGCUCUCGUCUGAUGAAAACAGCACUGCUGCUGGUCCGGUUCCUGGGCGCCGGCCGGCUGGCGGUGGUACUGGAGGAGCAGUGCGGACAGCAGCUGGAGCCAGCCUUCCCCAUGCUCCAGGAAACACUCCUGGGCCUAGUGGUCAGCCUGCCUGACCGCCUGGCCAACCAGCUGCAGCGUGAGAACUUGCCGGAGUUCUUGCCUCAGAACUACUUCCCGCUGCUGGGAGAGGCAGCUGUGCGGGCCCUGCAGGCUGUCGUGGGCUCCCUGCGAGGCGGCACCCACUGCUCUGUGUCCUUCGUGUCCCAGGCCGUCGGGAAGGCCUGUGUCCUGGGGCGGCACCGGGAGGUCCUGGGUGUGCUGGUGCCCCAGCUAACGGCACUCACGGACGGCAGCUGUCUGUGGCAGCGGGUGUGCUGGCGGCUGGCGGAGCAAGUGCCUGACCGCGCCGUGGAGGCUGUGCUGACGGGGCUGGUGGACGCUGUCACGGGCCCGGAAGUCCUGUCCCGACUCCUGGGGAACCUGGUGGUGAAAAGCCCAAAGGCCCACUUUGUCGUGACUCAGAAACUGCUACUCCUUCAGUAUCGACUCACGACGGCUGCGCUGCAGAACCUGCUGGGGUACUUUGCCAUGGACAGCCAGCGGCGGCCGCUCCUGGUCCAGGCCCUCAAGGACCUCCUGGAGACUUGGGGCAGCAGCAGUGCCAUCCGCCAUGCGCCCCUGGCCCAGCAGCGCUACGUGAGCAAGGCCUUGCUCCUGUGCCUGGUGCAGCUGCGGGAGGAGGAGCUCAGCCACGGCCGGGAAGAGCUGAUGGCCAGCCUGAUGGCAGGGGUGAAGUGCCGCCUGGACAGCAGCCUCCCUGCCGUGCGCCGCCUGGGCAUGGUUGUGGCCGAGGUAGCCAGUGCCCGGAUCCACCCCGAGGGCCCGCCCCUGAAGUUCCAGGUGAUUGGGGAGUACGAAGAGGAUGAGCUCAGCCGCGAGCUACUGGCCCUGGUAGUGCCCAGGCCUGCCGGUGACGGCCCCACAGAGACUGGAGGCCCCGCGGCCACGCCGCUGACUGCUGAGACUGCCGGGGACAUGGGCAAGGAUGGGGCGCCCCCAGCCCCUGCCCAGGGCUCCGACUCGGAGCUGGACAGUGAUGACGAGUUCACUCCCUACGACAUGUCGGGGGAUGGAGAGCUGAGGAGCGGCAAGGCACCCCUGUACGUGCGCGACUGCAUGGAAGCCUUGACCACAUCUGAGGACUGUGAGCGCUGGGAGGCAGCCCUGCGGGCGCUGCAGGGACUCCUCGCCCGGAACCCGGCUGCAGCCCGUGAGGUGAGUGUGGAGCUGGCCACGGUGCUCCUGCACCUGGAGGAGAAGACGAGUGUGGCGGGCUUUGAGGGGCUGCGCCAGCGAGCCUUGGUGGCUGUGACGGUGGCGGACCCGGCACGGGUGGCGGAGUAUCUGACUGCGCAGUUCUAUGCGCUCAACUACAGCCUGCGGCAGCGCAUGGACAUACUAGACGUGCUGACACUGGCGGCCCAGGAGCUGUCUCGGCCUGGGCGCCCCAGGGAGGCCCCACCGGGCUGCCCCCAGACCCCCGUGGCCCUGGCCCCUGCCUGGCGGGCAGUGGUGGACGAGCGUGUCCGGAGGAAGACUCGGCGGCUGACCCAGGGCCCCACCCGGCACGUCACCACCGCUGCCAGCCCCAAUCACUUCAGCCCGGUGUCUGGCUGCUUCUUCUUCCCCCUCAUCCAGCAUUUUGACAGGCCCUUGGUGACCUUCGACCUCCUGGGGGAUGACAGCUUGGUUCUCGGACGGCUGGUUCACACUCUGGGGGCCCUGAUGUACCUGUCGGUGAACACAGCGGCGGCGGCGGCCAUGGGCAAAGCGCUGCUGGAGCUCGUGUGGGCACUGCGCUUCCACAGUGACACCUACGUGCGCCGGGGGCUGCUGUCCGCCGUCUCCUCGGUGCUGCUGAGUGUGCCCGCCGAGCGCCUGCUGGGGGACCUUCCCGAGGAGCUGCUGGAGGCCGGGGCCUGGCUGGCAGACGUGGCUGAGCAGGACCCAGACGAGGACUGCAGGCUGCUGGCCAUGAAGGCGCUGCUGCUUCUGCGGAAACUGCGGGAUAAGCUGCCCGAGCUGUGGGCGUGAGGGGCUCUGCCGCGUGCCCCUCGCCCGAGUGUGAGAUUAAAGGACAGCUGUGCUGCCGGCUGUGCGCAGGGA